GGAUUUGCUGUCAAUUAGCUGCCAAUUUGCGCCUGGAGGAAUUUUUUCGGUCUUGUUAUUGUUGAUUUUUACUAAAUAGCGCUUCGGUAUCUCACAGAUGCAGUUUGGCAAAUCCUUGCUAAAACAUGUUUACACAAGGACGUUUAAGUCGAGUCUGACUUGUUCAAUCUUUGCGUUCACAUUGUUGAUGAUUUUCUUCGUUUUGGACUGGAAACGAAUGAAUGUGUAUCCUCGUUUGGAUGAAAUUCCAGGUCUUAAUGUACUACGAGCUUGGGAUGACUUGCAGGAAAUUACGAAGAGUCCACAUCCUUACAAUUCUCAUGCCUCGGAUGUUGUGAGAAACUAUAUUUUGGAGGAAUUGUAUAAGUUAAAAAAACAAGAUGAAGGCAACGUUGAGGUCAUCGAUGAUUUGUCCAGCACAACAACGUUCAUAAUGCCUGACACAAAUAUUCGUUCCUACUUUGAAGGCUCUAAUAUCUUGGUUCGUUUCAGAGGCGACAACGAACGGCUACGACCCAUACUGUUGUCAAGCCAUUUUGACUCCGUUUCGACGGGUUUCGGUGCUACAGACAACGGAAUGGGCGUAGCGUCUGCGCUUGAGCUUGCCCGCUAUUAUGCUGAACACAAACCUGAACGUGAUCUAAUCAUCAACUUUAAUAAUGCUGAAGAGGACUACUUAUAUGGAGCGCGAGCCUUUACUGAACACGAAUGGUCGAAAAACGUAACGGCUUUCCUCAAUCUUGAAGGUGCUGGUGCCGGUGGGAAAGCAUUACUUUUCCGCUCUACAAACAACCACGUCGCUCGCUCAUACUUUAAAUCUAACCGUUUUGCUUUUGCAUCCGUCCUCGGUAUCGAUGCUUUUAAGCGUGGUGUUAUCAAAAGUGAAACGGAUUAUGUGGUUUAUGAAAAAAUGAACAACGGAACUGCUGGCUUGGAUCUUGCGUUCUUCAGAAAUCGCGGCAUUUAUCAUACGGAACGCGAUGAUAUUCAACAUACGUCUAUUUUUUCGUUGAAUCAUAUGCUCGUAAACGCUUUUAUCUCUCUGCGAAACCUGCUUGACGAAAAGAGCCAACACUUCAAAGGAUCUUCACCCUUAUACUUCCCAGUGUUUGGAAGCUAUUGGCAAAUUAAUUUAAAUCUACAUCUUUUCCUCAACGUCGUGUUCUUGAUCGCCUGUCCAGCAAUUCUUUUCAUGUGCCUGUUCCGCUUUCCUUCACUGUAUGCUCAGUUAAAGAAGCCUUGCUAUCUCAUUUGUUUCACUCUUUCCAGUCUGUUUGUUUUGAUUUUUGAUUAUGUUGUUGUACAGUCUUUGACGAAGUUGAAUCCGUACGUGAUUCACUCAUCGCCUGACGCGGUCUUGGCUUUCUUCUUCCUUACAAAUUUGCUUGGACUCGUUUAUUCUUUUCGGUAUGUAGCAACGCAUAGCCGUAUGUCGAAUGAGGAAUUGAGUUGCAUUGAAAUCGUGCUCAUUUGGUAUGUGAGUAUGUUUUGGUAUAUAUCACUCUUGAUCGCUACACUCACCUCUAUUGUUCGCGGUCUUGGAUCAUUGUAUUUUGUAAAUUUUGGAUUUUUCUGUUCUUUCUUUUGCUGUAUUUUAACAUUGAUUCGGGUGCGUUAUUUUGUGGAUCGGAUGGUAACGAUAAAUCGUCCUGCUAAUCCCGAACAAAUGCCCCUUGUCCAGUCGACUUCUGGUAACGCGUAUGGAACCUCUCGCUAUCCUCAACACCGUUUAAAGGCCGUAGUUAGUAAGAGCGCUUCGGUCAAACUGAACGACAAUCUUUGGAGUGUUUUAUUCUUCUCUUGUUUAGUGCCACUUCCCUUGUUCACAUGUUACAACCUGCUGUCAGAGGUUUUCAUUCCGGCGGUUCAUCAGUCGUUAAUCGAUGGACCCUACAGUAAUACUUGUUACAAAUUCGCCGUAAUCUUGGUUUUUAUGGCUAUUAUUAAUAGUUCUCCGUUUGUGUUCCGUGCACUGUCCAAAAAGUCAUCUGCAAUCCUGCUCAUGCUCUGGGUUUCACUGUUGUUUAAUAUCCUUCGCGCUGAACCGUUCAACGAAAAGGCUCCGAUUAAAUUUCGGGUCUUCCAGCAUCUUAAUUUGGAUACUUCGGAGAAUCUAUUUCAUGUUCAAAACAUUGAACCAUACACCCAGAAGGUUCUCAAUGACUAUCCCAAAAUUAUCUCUGACACUUCGUAUCAGUGCGUUGAUCGUGAUUGUUUCUAUGAAGCUGAGGAGCCUACCCUUGGUUUUGAUGGGCCAUUGCAAAAUGCCAUUAACAUCACUCUUCAUAAGUCCUUAAACUCCAGUCUUGCAGAAUUGCGUGUUGACGCGUUUGAAACCAAGUGGUGCUACUUUGACUUUAGCGUACCUGUUUAUGUUGAUUCAAUCAAUGGUUUUGAAGUUCAAGAGGAGCACCAGUCACUACGCCUUGGAGUGCGAAACUUCGGUACUCCAUUUGUUGUUAAAACUGUUGCGAAGGACGAGGAUUCUCCUACGAACGUCACUGUAACUUGCAUGUGGGACGAAUUUGACCAUGACAAGAUACCUUCGUAUACGAGUUUACUGAACUACAUUCCGGCUUGGUCCGUGCUUACUAAGAAUAGCACGGGUCUUCUUAAAAUGUCGAAAACACACGUUAUGUAAUAUGAAUGAUUAAUGGCUAUUAAGCAAGUGCUAGACACAUGAAAUAAUUAUAAAAGCAUGAGACUGUUCCUCUGCUGUUGUUGAAAACGCCUUUGCAAAGGCGCUAAUUAGCGAGGUCGGAAACUCUCUUUGGUAGCUGGGGGAGAGGCUUCUUAACCUUCAACGCAUUUGGUCUUCCAGAAGAUGAUGAUUUCGGAGAAGUGAAAGUCGCAACUGAAGAAGCCGAAUAGGGAGAAGCAAUUGGGCUGAUAUGUGCAUUCUGGCGAUCGAAUGUUUGCUGUGUGUCACUCAUGAUUCUUCUAACGGUCUUCUGUCUACAAGGAGUGUUGACGAAAUUGCUGAAUCCCGCUGAAACAACUUCGCAGUAGUUAGCGGGGAACAUUCCGACUUGACCGGUAGGAAGUAAAAGGUUGUUGAUUUUCUCUCCGUACAACCAGUCCUUGUUAAUUUCUUUGGUAACUCGUGCUAGUUCACCAGUUUCAAGCUGUAAUUCUUCAUCGGUUCUCCUCAAAAAGGUGUACUUUGCACGUACUAUAGUUUGUUUUGGGCUGACAGUUAGUGAUAUUUACUGUUUUGGAGAACUUACGCCUCUUCAUUCUGUACUACCAAUGCGACAAGUGCCUCUGCUGGCUUCACAUCUUUCAGUACGGUGCCCAUUCGAAUGGGAUCGGAGUAGAGUUUAUCGUCUUGUACCUCCUCGAUAGUAAUAUCUUCUUCCUUGUUCCUGUAUCUUGUUAAUGUUACUCUCUAACAGGACAUUGUACUUACGAUUGCGUGACGAGCUGGUGCAACUGCUGGAGGACUUUAAGGCUUUCCUGAAAGUAGUCAAUUUGGUGUUGGAGAAGAAGCAAUAAGUCAUCGUAUUGUGAAGACUGUUUUCAUUAGCAUGGUGCUUAUUGAUUCUGAACGUACAUCGGCAGAUUUGAGUGCUUUCAUUCUCUUGUGCACAUCUUCGGAGGACUCUUGGAAUUUGUAAGAAGCAAAUCGCAAGUCCUCUUCCAAUCUCGGGUCUUCUUUCUUGGCUUUCAUGGAUUUGUGUAACAAUGAAUCAUAAGUGGUUCUGCGAUUUUCUAGCUUUUUGCGUGCAGUGUGAAAGUCCUUCAUUUGGACCAGAUAUCUUUCAAUAACAUCUAGGUAGCAAGUUGACAACCUAUUUGCAAAGAAGUUCUGAUGUUGGCCAAUUUUCUGCAAGGCUUGUCCGAACUGGAAAAGUGCAGCAGCUGUGCAUGUCACUGUUAGCAAGCUGAAAUCUCAGUCUUGUUGGCUAUCUUACCAUAUUCGGAAUCCUGAGGAAGUUCACCACCGUGAUUGGUCAUCACUUGUCCCAAAUUUUCAAUGGGAAGGCAUUUGUUCUUGUUGUCUCCAUCUACUUUUCGGUCUUCUCUUGUUUAGCAAUUGGUCUGAAAAAACUCGUAUGCCUAUAUCUUACUCAGUGCUUCUGCCCAGCAAUUUCCUGCUUGGUAAAGCCGACUAAGUCCUGCGAAUGUUAGUUACUGUUUUCAUUUGAUCUAAAUAGGUUUGGUUAUACCCUCAUGCCGCAGGUAGAUCUCUUCUUCAAGUUUGAGGAACUCUUCUGGAAGCUGUGUUUGCUCUUUUCCAAUCUUCGGUGUCAGUGAACAUUCUACGUUAGCAUCCUUGGUACCUUAUCAGUACUUCCUGUCAUUAGUUUCAUGUUUUUAACUGGUUCUUUCUGUGUUUCUCACAUACGUCCUUGUAAAGAAUUUCGAAACCAUCUUAAAACGAGUUCUGCUUCAGCUUUGUUGCCCGGAGAAAGGUAUUAACUAUGGAGCUGAAAGAAGACUUUGUUAAGGGUAUUUAUAUUGAAAGUUUGUUUACACUUUCAUGUAUGACAUAUGAGUUUGAGCCAUUUGUUUACAAAACGGCUUACGCAAGAAGAGCCGGUCUGUUUGUUCUCUAUGUAUGUUCGUUUGAAUUACUAUUAUUGUCUUUGUUUCUUUUCUAGCGCAAUGAACUGUUACUAAUGUAUCGUAUUUUACCUCUGUAGGCCCUCGGAACAAGAGUUUCUUUGAAUAUUGAAACUCUCAAUAAAAACAACUAUAUUAAAUUCCUGUAAUAGUAAAUAAAGUAUAGUAAAUGAGACUUUGAACUAUUUUUACCA